CAAACAAACAAACAAACAAACACGGGACUCGAGAAACAAUUCUUGGAAACUGGUAAAGAAAAACGGUUCAGGUUUGAGAUUUAACCAAGAAGAGUCUCGUCUCACAGGGACAAACCUGAAACUUGGUAGACAAGCUGACUAAAUGACGUCUCACUUGCCGCUCACAUCUCAACACCUUUGUCGCAGGUGUUUGACCCCAAAGAAGCAUCUGCCAGAUUGGAUGAUGCACAUUUAUCGGAGACAGUCUGAAAUAGGAAAUAAGAUCUGAAUUGAUGUAACUCUACAAGUCAUCGUCGCAGUUCUAGACUUGGGGGUCGAUAGUUCCCGGGUCUUAUUGUGACAGACCAGGGAUCCUUGAAACCCUCGGCCUAUGCUGAUGGGACGAACAGUGUCACAGCGAGCCUCGUCUUUUGGGGUUAUACUGAGUCUCGAUAUUCGACAUGGAGGCAUCCUCAGGCCUAGAUUUCGGUGUCAUGCUCGAUUCAACUCUAUGCUUAUGCUUAACGAUGGUCACAUAUACUCUCAGCGUAUAAAAGGCCUGUAGAUCCUCGGUAUCUGUCUAUCUACAGUAUCUAAACAAACUCAUCACUUCUCAACUUGUUUCUCUUCAGUUCGUAAAUCCCUGGCGGAUCUUUGUUUAUAAUACUCUUGUUUUAUCUCUCUUUCUAUUCAUUCGCCACUCACUCAUUUACUCACUCACUCGUACAAAAUGCACUUCCCUAUUCUUCCCAUCAUCAUCACACUGACUGGAAGCGCCAUCGCAGCGCCUCAUCUUCCCAAGAGACAAAAUCCUUGCUUUGUGACUGGCUCCGAAGCUCUCCCCGAUGAAGUUUCGACACAGGCCACGAAUCUGGCCUCGGUCAUCACCUGCGACAAUUCGAAAACAACCAUCGAUGGUGUCCCAGACGUGAGCUCUGGCGGUGUGACCUUUUCUUCCAUCAACUUUGCCGAAUCAGGCCAAAGUCCUCUGGCUUUCGCUCUCGACAAGUUUGCAACCACAUCACCCCUGGCCAACAACAACCUGGAUACGUUCCAGAAUGAGCUCAAUGUUUACCUCGCAACUGAGGCUGGUAUCAGAUCAACUGGUGGAAGUCUUGCGAUCAAGGUUCCAAAGUUCUUCUUGCAGUUCCAGAUGGCUCGUAUCCAACAGGCACAGGGUACUGUGUCUGACAUCCCUGGCCAGACCGUUGACCACCAGCUGGAAAAGGUGCUCAAGAAUGCAGCUGGAGAGGACCAGGCUCUUCUAGACCAAGUGAACGAAUUGGCUGUGAACUUGAACUAAGUUCUAAUGAGUGGUAUAUAAUACACAACUGCUCCGAUUGCCUCCGUUUUCGAGCCCAAAUAAGUGACUCCAUGCCAGCCGUCAUUAUAGAAAUACAUCCAAUCAGAACAAUUAGAGAGGAGAAUGCAUCGCGCCAGAACCUUUUCAGAAAACACCUGCUUCCAUCAUGACCCAAGCGCCAAAGAAAUCAUUUUAAGAAGUGCCACGGAACCAAGGCUGGGGAUCCUGCUCGUGUCUGUCGCCGCCGAUAGCCUUCCACCAGGUAUCGGUACUCCAGCGAAUGAUACGCUCGGCGGCACCCAAGGGCGUGGCGGCAGGACGCACAUCGAGGAAGAAGACAGGGUCACCGUGGGCAUCGGGCUCGCCAGAGUAAUAGUCGAUGAUGUAUCGAAUCUCCUUCCUUUGGCCGUUGAUCUCUCGCGCAACGUACCAGUCAUGUCGGUCAAAGGGAGGUUCGGUGCUAGAGCGUGUUAGCCGCAGAUCGUUUGCACAUUAGAAUCACGAAUACCUACCCAAACUUUGAAGGGUAAAUCCAGCCCAGAACCUGCAUCAUAGUGGCCUUGGGAGUCAACUCCUUGGGCCGGCCCUGGAAGCGAACGAGACUAGGCUCGGUAUCAACACCGUCCCUUUGGCGAUCAAGCGCUUCCUGAACGUGACCUUCGCCCCUCUUGCAGAUCUGCCAUCCUUUGUAUAGCCCCCGUGCAAAUCGUUGUUCCCAGCCAAGAAUCUCCUGCCAUGCGCCCUCAUUUAAGAAGUUGUGUACCGAAACCAUACCCUCGACGGCGGUGAUAUCGGUAUCGGUAUAUCCCUUGCGCAGUAGCGCGUUGUACAUCUGCUGAGGAGACGGGUACUCCCAGUUGCCAUCUCCUGUACCCUUGGGGAUGGUAGACUCAUCUCGGGUUGUCGGGAGAGCGAAUGAUUGGUUAGGAGCCGGCUUUUGCGAUAGAUCGGGGAACAUGUAAUUCAGAGGGUUGAGCUGGGAGAUCAAAGAUUUGGGCUGCUCUUGGGUUCGGGCGGCGUGAGGCACGGGACAUCCUGAGGUGGAAGGAAGAUCGACAGGCUUCUUGGGCUUAGCCACGGGGUUCAUGGCAUCGGCAGACUUUUGGUGCAUAGGGCAGCCAGGCUGGGAAGGGUUAGCGAC